UGCGAAGUGGCUGGGACUGCUGCUGCCGCCGCCGCCGCCGCUGCUACUGGCGCGGGAGGGGGAGCUGUCAGGGAGUCCUGCCUCUCCGAGAAGCGAGGCGGCUGCGUGAGUCUUCCGGCCUCGGGGCCGCCAUGUCUUUCAACAAGAUCCCGCCGCGGUGGCUGAGCUGCCCGAGGCGCGGGCAGCCCGUGGCAGGAAAGUUUUUGCCCCUGAAGACAAUGUUGGGACCAAAAUAUGAUGAUCAAGUUGCCGAAGAGUGUCGUUUCCACCCCAGUAUGUUAUCAAACUACUUGAAAAGUCUUAAGGUUAAGAUGGGUCUACUGAUAGACUUGACAAAUACCACUAGGUUCUAUGACAGGAGUGAUAUAGAGAAGGAUGGGAUCGCAUAUAUAAAACUUCAGUGUAAAGGGCAUGGUGAGUGCCCCACAGCUGAUAACACAGAAACAUUCAUUCGUAUAUGUGAACAUUUUAAUAAUAAGAACCCAACAGAACUUAUAGGUGUUCAUUGUACACAUGGUUUCAAUCGUACUGGUUUUCUCAUCUGUGCCUUUCUGGUUGAGAAGUUGGACUGGAGCAUUGAAGCAGCUGUGGCUAUUUUUGCCCAAGCCAGACCACCUGGUAUUUAUAAAGGUGAUUAUUUGAAAGAACUCUUCCGUCGAUAUGGCGAUGGAGUGGAGGCGCCGACCCCUCCCCCUUUGCCAGAGUGGUGCUUUGAUGAAGAUGAAGAAGAGGAUGAGGAUGAUAACUGCAAACCAAGAACCCCCGAAUCAGAAGCUGGGUCAUCAACUUCAUUUUCAGGCAAAAGAAGAAAAGAACACUUAAAGCUGGGUGCUGUGUUCUUGGAAGGAAUAUCAGUUAAGCAUGUAACCCAAGUAACAAGUCAACCAAAGUUAGGAGAGAUACAACGCAAAUGCCAACAGUUUUGUGGCUGGAAAGGAACUGGAUUCCCCGGGGCACAACCUGUUUCAAUGGAUGAGCAAAAUAUUAAACUCUUAGAGCAGAAGCCAUACAAAGUAAGCUGGAAAGCAGAUGGAACUCGGUAUAUGAUGUUGAUUGAUGGCAAGAAUGAAGUGUAUAUGAUUGACAGAGAUAACUCAGUGUUUCAGGUAUCAAAUCUGGAGUUUCCAUUUCGUAAAGAUCCACGUGUACACUUAGAAAAUACUCUGAUGGAUGGGGAAAUGAUUAUUGACAAGGUAAACGGCCAGGUUGUUCCUCGGUACUUGAUAUAUGACAUAAUUAAAUUCAGUGCACAACCAGUUGGAGAGUGUGAUUUUAACAUUCGUCUGGCAUGUAUUGAAAAAGAGAUUAUAUUCCCACGACAUGAAAAAAUGAAGACUGGACAAAUCGACAAAGCACAAGAACCUUUUAGUGUUCGUAACAAACCAUUUUUUGACAUCCACAUUUCAAAAAAGCUUCUUGAGGGGAAUUUUGCUAGAGAAGUCAGUCAUGAAGUGGAUGGACUAAUUUUUCAGCCUGUAGGAAAAUACAAGCCGGGACGAUGUGAUGACAUUUUGAAAUGGAAGCCACCCAGUCUGAAUUCGGUGGAUUUUCGUCUAAAAAUAACAAGAGUUGGUGGAGAAGGGCUUCUUCCGCAGAAUGUUGGACUGCUUUAUGUUGGAAGUUUAGAUACUCCUUUUGCACAAAUUAAGGUAACAAAAGACUUGAAACAAUAUGACAAUAAGAUUAUAGAAUGCAAGUUUGAAAACAACAGCUGGGUCUUCAUGAGACAACGGAUAGACAAAAGCUUUCCAAAUGCCUACAACACUGCAAUGGCUGUGUGUAAUAGCAUACGACAUCCAGUGACAAAGGAAAUCCUUUUUGACUUCAUUGAAAAAUGUACAGCAGCAGCUCCAGGACAGACCCGCAAGCAUCACCUGGAUCCUGACACUGAACUCAUGCCACCGCCACCUCCUAAAAGACCACGGCCGUGAUUUAAAGACUGAGAGAAUACCAUGUUGUUUACAGUUCUACAAAACAAUGUGUGUGGGACAUUUGCAAAAAGUUAUUGUAAACAUCCUGUAAAUACUUAUGUGCAUUUUUUUUGGAAUGCCACAUCAUGGACUCAGAUUUGUUUUGUACUUGACAAGUUGAAUUUUGCUUUGUGGAAACUGAGAACAGAUUUAAUCCAAAGGGUUAGAUGAAAAAAAAAAGUGUAGAAUCAAUGGAAAGCCACCUUGUUUGAUAGGUACCUUUCAAAUCUAACAUUUUAUACAAGUAAACUGGAACUGUGAAGCCAUGACAAAGCGGCGCUUUUCUUUUUCCAAGUAGUGUUGCAAAAAGUGUGAUGUUGCCUCUAACCAAUUAAGAUUUGUUGCUUUGUUUAGUUUAGCAUAGUUCUCUUAUGUUUCUUAGGCUCCUGUUUAAAGACAAACGAUGGCAAAUGUUCAUGCAGUGUACUCUUUAAAAUAAAAGUUUAUCAGGUUUCAUUAA